AUUGUUUUUAUUAUUUGUGCUUAUUUGUUUAGGUAUUAUAAGACUAAAAUACAAGAGCUAAAAGCCGAACUGCAGUUGUUGCGUGAAUUUCGCCACCCAAAAUAUUUAGCCGCUGUCCAAAAACUUGAUGCUGCAUACAAGGAAGAACUUGAAUUCGAGGAGACCUCAGAAAAGUUGGAAAAUGAGCGUAUCAUAGCAGAAUACGAACGUGAACAAGAGGCUGCGGAUAAGGAAUUAGAGGAAAGGCUAGCAGAAUUGAUGGAUACGAUGAUUCAGGAAUGUGACGAAAAUAGGAAACAUAUCGAGCAUGAAUUUCAUAAUGCUGACAUCAAUAGUGCAUCGUUUUAUUCAUAUCCUGUUAAUAAAAAAAGUUUGAGAAGACGCCCAAACGAACCGACACCAUUCAGUGAAAAGCGUAUGCGCGCAAAAAAUCCACAACAAGUGAACUACGCGUUAUCUGAAGUAGAUAUUUUAAAUGAUUUAAGAGUAUUGGAUGGAAAUUAUGAGGAUUCAGAACACCGAUUGGAUGAUCAUCAUAAGACUGGUUAUAAUCUGAGAUGUGAAACUUAG